AUGAGUUAUGCCAGUGGUCAACAGCAGGCUGCGCAAGUUCCAAAUGCAGGUUUUGAUGAACAAAUGAUGAGAAGAGCAGCUGCUGAUAGCUAUUUCUUGUCAUCUUCGUUUGGAAGCGUGGAUAGGGAAAUGGAGUUUCUACAUUAUCAAACGAACGGGAUUCGUGUGAAAGAGGAAUCGAAGGGUCCUCAAAUUCCUGUUGCGAAUGGUACUACCAUCAACAACGUUCCAUAUUACGCAUCUCCAGUUGUCAUGCAAGAUACAGGUUAUACGACACCGGGUCAUUCCAGCAUUUCUUCGGAGGGGAACCAUGUCAUAAGUCAUGGUGGCCCUUCAGCGGUGUUUUCUUUGUCAGAAAGUUCUUCGGUGAACAGGAAUGCGAACUUGAAUAACAGCACGGACAGUUAUUCUCAGCAGGAAAGGGACCUUGAGCUGCAGCAACAGCAGCAAUUACGACUACAACAGGAGCUACAGCAGCAACUCAAUCAAGAGCAGCAGGAUUUAUCGAACCAGACGUCGGAUUCAGCGACAGGAGCGAAGGACUCUGAGGAACAAAUUCGUAGAAAGCGGGCUUUGAACCGCGCUGCACAGAAAGCGUUCCGUGAGAGGAAGGAGGCAAGAGUGAAACAGCUUGAGAAGCAAUUGAAGGACAGUGAGAACGAUAGGGAACAAUUGUUGAACGAACUGGAACAGUUGAGGAAACACAAUAUCGAGAUGCAUGCGGAAAACAGAAUUCUCUUACAGACUAAGAACGCCGCAGUAGUGGCAGCAGCUAAUUCUGGAGCCGUUACUGAUUCGUUAGGAACAAUAAAUCAAACACAGAAUUCAGAAAGGAACAAAUUCACUUUCCCCUCGAAACGAGAUUUUGUCGAUGAGCUUAUAAACGUUGAUGAGCAUAAUAUCAGCAACGAUACCACACCACCAUCUCUAGAGUACUCUCACAAUGGUGAACAGGUGAUGACCGUGUCUGCCACUUGGGAAUACCUAAAUAGGAUGUCUGAAACCUUUGAUUUCGAUCUUUCGCUCGUGAUGUGCAAGUUAAAGGGACGCGUUGUUUGUCAUGGCAAGGGUCCAUCGUAUUUUAAGAGCGAUAUCGAUAAAUACAUUGAGGCAUCUAGGGCUCGUUGA